ACAUCGAGAUGAUUAUUCUGCUUGUUUUCAGUUGUCGUUGAUAUUCCUUGGAAUUUGUUUAAUUGGGAACUUUCUUUUCCGGCUAGAUCCAGAAUAUGCUCAAGCAUUCAAGCGUCUAUAAAGAAAUCAGGUUAAAGAAAAACAAAGUAUGACGUUUUAUCCAUCUUAAUUUCAGAUGGAAAAUGAAAUGUUUUCUUUCAAUGAGUUGAACUAUUCUGGAUUUCAAGAUAAGUUCGUUUCCAUAGAUCCUGAGAGUGAUGGAGGGGACAUGGCAACAAAGGUUCCUUUUUAUGAAGCUCAAGAAUGGAGAGAUUCUGAUUAUGGAUUCCAUCAAGAAAAAUUACGGGAGGAAGAACAGCUUCAACAAUCAUUCUUGGAUUAUGUACAGUUCGAUGAUUUGAGAUUUCAUAUCUUCUGUCCACCACUUAAGACUUGUCUUGACGAAAUGACAAAGCCUGGUGAAAUCCAAAAUGAAAUUCAAGAGGUUGAAUCUAAGGAAGACAAGUCAUAUCCAUUUUCUUUAGAAUCACUUCAGCUUCUAAGAAAUCACAGCAACGAAUUCAAACAAUUUAGAAGUGGGAGAGUAAUUGAGCCGAGCAAUUGUUUCCCACCCACCAAAGAUACUGGCCAGAGAUUGUCAGCAGAAGAGAUCAUCAGGCUAGCUGGAGCAAAAUUUAUCCAAUCUGCUUACCAGGGAGUUGAUGUUUCUUCCAUAUUCAGCAACCCUUUUUAUCUUUCUGGCCUUUCUGCUGAUGAUGCAAAAAUGGUGGAACUUGCGGGAUUCCUUCUAGCUUCUGCUGAGAAAAUUGGCAAUCAACAAUUUGAUUGUGCUAGUAGAUUGCUCAAAGCAUGCAGUAACUUUUCUUCCAGCGUUGGAAAUCCUGUUCAACGAGUAGUUCACUAUUUUGCUGAAGUUCUCAGAGAAAGAAUCAACAUAGAAACGGGAAGAAUCACAUCAAAAGGCCUGGGAAGUAAGCAAUCAUUUGAUAUUGAAAAAGCAAUAUUGGCUCCGAACCCAACAACCUUGGAAGCUUACAAACUAGUUCCCUUCUGUCAGAUUGUCCAUUUUGCUGGAAUUCAAGCCAUAGUAGAAAACAUAGCUGAUGCCAAGAGAAUUCACAUAAUUGAUUUUACAAUAAAAAAUGGACUUCAAUGGAGUAUUUUAAUGCAAGCUUUAGUUUCUCGACGUGAAUUCCCUGUCGAGCUUCUCAAGAUAACAGCAAUUUCAACUGGCUGGGAGAAUUUAAUCGAGACUACAGGUAAGAGAUUAACCAGCUUUGCACAGACCAUGAACUUAAACUUUUCAUUUAAGAUAGUUGUGGUAUCAGAUUUCUUGGAUCUUAAAGAAGAUCUAUUACAAUUGGAUGAUGAAGAAACAGUGGCCAUCUUCUCUGAACAUCUACCUAGAAGCCAAAUUACAUUGCCAAACAGGCUGGAGUCUAUGAUGAGAUUGAUAAAAAAGAUCCAUCCUUGUGUAAUGGUGGUUGCUGAAGUUGAGGCAAAUUGCAACUCACCAACUUUCGUGAAUCGUUUCAUUGAAGCGCUUUUCUACUACACUGCAUAUUUCGAUUGCGUUGAUGCAUGCAUGGAACGAGAUGAUUCAAAUAGGUUGAUUUUGGAAUCAAUGUAUUUAGGUAAAGGAAUCAGAAACAACAUAGCUAGUGAGGGAGAGCAACCGAAGAUUCGAAGUGUAAAGCUUGAUGUUUGGAGAUCAUUCUAUGCUCGUUUUGGGAUGGUGGAGAUUGAUCUGAGUUCUUCAUCGUUGCUUCAAGCAAAUUUGAUAAUGAAGAAUUUUCCAUGUGCGAGCUUUUGCACACUUGAUCAAAGUGGCAAAAGCUUGCUUGUUGGAUGGAAGGGCACACCCCUUCAUUCCCUUUCGGCCUGGAAGUUCGGCUUAUAAGAACAGGAAAGAAAGACCACCUAUUAUAUUUAGGUAAUUCUUACCAAUACAGUCCAAGAAUUUUACAUGGAUCCCACUAUUAAGCUUAAGCAUCUUAGG